UUUACAACUGUGGCAUGAUUAAAGCAAAAAUAUUUUCCAAAGGCUGAAAGAACCGCAUCGCAAAGUUUUGCAAAUUGAGUUGAAAGUUUUUUUGAAACAAAUACAGCAUGGAUAAUUACUUAUUUGAUGGAGGUCGCAUCCAAAAAAUGGAAGUCGACUAUGCUCCAGCUUGCGAUGAGAAAAUUCCCAUUGCCAAGGAGUUGGCAAAAAAGAAUCCCGACUCAUUUCAUGAAGCCAUCGAGAUGCUAUUGUCUCUGGAAAAACAAACACGUUUGGGUGCCGACAUGGUGUCGUGUUCCCGGGUAUUGGUAGCUAUUUGCCAAAUAUGCUUUGAGGCCGGUAAUUGGAAUGCCCUAAAUGAAUAUGUUAGUUUGUUGGUGCGUCGUCGUUCCCAAUUGAAACAGGCUGUCUCGAAAAUGAUUCAGGAAUGUUGUACAUAUGUUGAUAAAACUCCCGAUAAGGAGACCAAAUUGAAAUUGAUUGACACGUUGAGGUCAGUGACCGAGGGUAAAAUUUAUGUUGAAAUUGAAAGGGCCAGAUUGACGAAGAUUUUGGCCGACAUAAAGGAAGCUGAUGGUGAUAUUGCUGGUGCUGCAUCUGUCAUGGAAGAAUUGCAAGUGGAAACAUAUGGCUCCAUGGACAAGAGGGAAAAGGUGGAGUUAAUUUUGGAACAAAUGCGUCUCUGUCUACUCAAAGAAGAUUUUGUUUCCACACAAAUCAUUGCCAAGAAAAUCAGUAUCAAGUUCUUCGAUGAUCCUGCCCAGCAUGACCUUAAAUUGAAAUUUUAUAAUUUAAUGAUUAGUCUGGAUCGCGAUACCUCCUAUUUGAAAACUUCAAGACAUUACCAGGCCAUAGCUGAGCCACCAAAACCCGUUGUACCCAAACCCGAGCCAAUGGAUGAAGACAAAAAGAAGGGCGAUGAGGAUAAAAAGAAAAAGGAAAAAGAAGAGGAAGUAAAGAAACCGGAGCCAUUGCCACCGGUGGAGCUAACACCGGAACAGGAAAAAGAACUCAAAGAGAAAUUAAUCUGCGCUGUUUUGUAUUGCAUCUUGGCACCCUAUGACAAUGAACAAAGCGAUAUGAUGGCUCAUUUGUCAAAGAAUAAGAAAUUGGAAGAAAUUCCCGUUUACAAGGAAAUUUUGCGUUUAUUUAUGUCAAAUGAGUUGAUAAAUUUCGAUUCAUUCAACAAUGAUUUCGGCACUGUUUUGGCUGAGAAUGAAAUGUUCCAGGAGAACACCAAACAUGGUAAAAAAUGCAUUGCCGAACUAAAGGAUCGUUUGAUUGAACAUAAUAUACGCAUUAUUGCCAUGUACUAUUCCCGCUUGCAUUUAACCCGUAUGAGUGAAUUGCUGAAUUUACCCACAAAUCGUUGUGAAGAAUAUCUCUCUAAAUUGGCCAACAGUGAUACCAUUCGUGUUAAAAUUGAUCGCCCAGCUGAAAUUAUAUACUUUACAGUUAAAAAGAGUCCAUCGGAUGUUUUGAAUUCCUGGUCAAAGGAUGUUAGCCAGCUAAUGUCAUUGGUUAACAAGACAUGUCAUUUGAUAAACAAAGAAGAAUGUGUACAUUCUGUAAAGGGAAUAACUGUGGAGGAUUAGA